UUAAAAAGAAAGAAAGAAAGAAGGAAAGAAAGAAAAAGAAAAAAGUAAAGAUGGGUGAAAAGAAACCAGAGCCUUUGGACUUCGUGAAAGAUUUCCAGGAGUAUCUGACUCAACAGACUCAUCAUGUGAAUAUGAUUUCUGGAUCAGUUAGUGGGGAUAAAGAAGCAGAGGCUCUUCAGGGAGCUGGAACAGAUGGUGAUCAAAAUGGACUCGAUCACCCAUCUGUGGAAGUUUCUCUGGAUGAAAACUCAGGAAUGUUAGUAGACGGGUUUGAAAGGACCUUCGAUGGGAAGCUCAAGUGUCGCUACUGCAAUUAUGCCAGCAAAGGAACGGCCCGGCUUAUUGAACACAUUAGAAUCCACACAGGUGAGAAACCUCAUAGGUGUCACUUAUGUCCAUUCGCAUCUGCUUAUGAGCGCCAUCUGGAAGCCCACAUGCGUUCCCACACAGGAGAAAAACCAUACAAAUGUGAAUUAUGUUCCUUCCGCUGCAGUGAUCGAAGUAACCUGUCCCACCAUCGAAGGCGCAAGCAUAAAAUGGUACCAAUUAAAGGUACUAGGUCUUCCUUAAGCAGCAAGAAAAUGUGGGGAGUUUUACAGAAGAAAACAAGUAAUCUGGGCUAUAGCAGAAGAGCACUGAUCAACUUAAGUCCACCUUCCAUGGUGGUUCAGAAGCCAGACUACCUUAACGACUUUGCCCAUGAAAUCCCAAAUAUCCAGACCGACUCAUAUGAAAGUAUGGCAAAAACCGCGCCAACGGGUGGCCUGCCAAGGGACCCCCAAGAACUCAUGGUUGACAACCCUUUAAAUCAGCUCUCAACUCUGGCGGGACAGCUGUCCAGUUUACCGCCAGAAAACCAAAACCCCGCCUCCCCCGAUGUGGUCCCCUGCCCCGAUGAGAAGCCUUUCAUGAUGCAGCAGCCCUCUGCCCAGGCAGUCGUUGCCGCCGUGUCCGCGAGUAUUCCUCAGAGCUCCUCCCCCACGAGCCCUGAGCCUCGGCCGCCCCACAGUCAGAGGAACUACAGUCCGGUGGCAGGUCCGAGCAGUGAACCGAGUGCCCACACCAGUACCCCCAGCCUAGGGAACAGCCAGCCGAGCACUCCCGCUCCGACGCUGCCAGUCCAGGACCCCCAGCUCCUGCACCACUGCCAGCACUGUGACAUGUACUUUGCCGACAACAUCCUUUACACUAUUCAUAUGGGAUGUCACGGGUAUGAAAAUCCUUUCCAGUGUAACAUAUGUGGCUGCAAGUGUAAAAACAAGUAUGAUUUUGCCUGUCAUUUUGCAAGGGGACAACAUAACCAACACUGAUUGAAAAUAAUCACAUUAUGCUUUACCUGGUUUUACCUUUUUAUGUUUUAGUUUUGUUUAUUGUUUUUUUUUUUUCCGGGGGAGGGGCUCAUUCCUAAUAAGAUGUCUGCUAAUUUAAAGUCUAUCUAUCUAUAUAUUUAUAGAAUGUAAGUUUGACAGUGGAAACAAAGUUUUCUCCUUUUUUGUUUUCCAUAAAAAUCUGGUCAGGGUCAUUUAUGUAUUGGAACAGUUAGACACAUUGAGGUCUCUUUUUUUGUUUCAUUUAGACAUUUGAGAAUUGGAGUGCAAUCAUAAUCCUAACAGGUAUUCAUUUAAAUUUCCCAUAUUUAUGGUCCAUAAAAUCUUCAAAGCUUAUUGCUACUCUUGGUAUGUCAACAUACACAUUGCAGCUUGAUAUUAUUUCUGCCAUAUUUCAAAAUGGUAGAAUUACUGCCUCUUAUGAAUUCUAUUAACAGCUUAUUUCAGUGUUAGGUAGAAGAAUUGCCUUUUAACAGCACCCUUAACUGAUAUGCUUGUUUAGUUCACAUUGCUUAAGUUGAAUCAGUGCUUUCGUUUCAACUAAUAAUCACAGAACUAUUUUCUGUAGAUUUUUUUUUCCCAUAAGGGAAAAUGUAAUAGUUCAUUCUUUUUAAAGUUAUAAAAAUAUGAGGUAAAAGCUCUGAAAAGAAAUGAAUGGGUUUACUAUUUAAAAUACCUGUUUAUUCAAUUUCUAGUUUAAACACCUAUCUUUUUAUUCUGGUUUAUUGUAAAAACCACAGGUAAAUACAGGAGAGUGCUAGAAAUAUCAGAGGAUUAUCUAUAAAGAUGCCUUUUUGUUUCUUUUAAUUUGAACUUUUCAUUUAAAUUCUUCAUUCUGACCUCAUUACUAUCAGGUGAGGUUGAUAAGUACGCUGAGACUGUUAUUCCUUCUAUUCCUUUGAUGACCAAAGAGGUACAGUGUAAUUCAUCCAUCUUACUCUUCGGAAAUACAGUCCUUUAUAAAACAAAAAACUGAAAAAUCUCUGAAAUUCCAUUUCCUGCCUUCUGUCAAUUCAUUGUCCAUAAUUUCUGAGAAGAGGUGGGUAUAAUAACAUAUAGGAAAAUGUGAUGGUGAAGUAAUACUUAAAAAAAUGAGAAUGUGUGUCCAGAACAAAUUCUGGUUUUUCCUUCAGAAUUGGCCAUUUGAAAUAUUUUCUGUGAAUUCAAGUUGUAACGCUUCUUUGCAGGUCUGCCAGUUUUUCGUGUACAGUGACAAAACUAUACGGAGACUGAAUCGCCGCCUUAGUAGGAAAGGGUACAAAAGUAGGAAAAUAGAUACAAGAUGCAGUGAAAUGUGAUAUUUAAUUUGUUUACAAAAAUAAGACUUGCUAAAUCUAGAAUAAUUUUGAAUAGGAGGCUAUUGUUUUUUAUUGUGUAAUAACUAGCUUACUCUGAAGAGAGCUUGGUCAAACAAUAAAAUAUAUUGUUACUAACUGCUGGUUUCUGUGUACUUUGCAAAAGUUUUAUUUUUAAUUUGGUUCAGAUCUUUAAAAAGUGUUACUAAUUGGCUUCGUAAAGAGAAUAUCCUAACUCUUAAGCAUUUAUUAAACAAAAAAGACCUCAACUCUUCUAUAGUGACUAAAAGGGAAAUGACAGUGUGUGUCCACAGAGCCCCCAAGUGCCAAGUUAAUGGACCUUCUGCCCUCCCUUCCAAAUGCAAGGAAGCCAGUAAAAUGAGUUCUUGUGGUUUCAUAUCCAGUCGAAUCUAAUCUCAGCGGCAUUGUUCAGAGCGCAGCAAGGAGUCUGUCCAAACCAUCAAUAGCUCUCUUCCUUGUGAAAUCUGAGGCUUAUGAAUCUACAAUUGUGUUUCUCUUCUUGCCUCACUCACUCACUGCUCAGAUCCGCUUUAAUGCAACCAUUUCCAAAUCUAACUUGGCUCUAGUAUUGCUGUAUUGCCAGGAGAAGCAGGUUGCCGUCAUUUGGAAGCUUUUACAAUUGUUCUCUUCAUCCUUUGUAUUCUUCAAACGAAAGCAAUACUCUAAGAUAGAAAAUGAGAGAUUUCAUUAAAGAAAGAGGAAGGAUUCUCUCAUUAAAACCAGUUUAUUAACACUAUAUUCUGGGCCAAAUAGUGACAAACACUUUUUUUUAUUCUCACAACUAAAGAUAGAUGUUUUGAAGGUACCUUUUAAACAGAAAAUACCUUUGUUUCAUAAUUACAAACUAGAAUUAGAAUCCUAAUUUUCCUAGGACUUAAAAGAGCACAGGCCGUGUUCCAAAGCCAUCAGUGCUUGAGAGCUACAAUUAAUUCUAAAUGCACUAAAGUUUUUGAAUCAAAUCUACCUUAAAAACUUUUUUAGUAUUGUAUUUUUAAAAAAGAUUUUAUUUAAAUUUUCUGUGAGUUAAAUUUUAUACAUGGGAAGAUGAUACUGUCUUCCAUUAAGUGUUGAACAUGUUUCUCCCAUUUUAUUUUUAAUCAAAUAUUUUAUAGUAAUGAGCUGCUAGGAAAAGUUGAACAUGAACUAUUUAUAGUACUUUGCUGUGAAAGGCAAUGUUCUGAAACUAAAUUUAUUUUUGUUCAGUGAACAUAAGUUUAGAUUUUUAAAGUUCGUAGAUAAUUUAUCUCCACUAAUAUUUUUUUAAUAAACUGUGAAGAGAUUAACGGAAUAAUUUCAUUUCAGAUUUUAUUAAUUGAGUAUGUAGCUACAACUUCUUGAAAUUCAAGUAAAGGCUAGACUUUUACUUUGAAUAUUUUCCAAUGCUAUUUCAUUUUAGAAAUAAGUGUUUGCCAUUUAUCUGCAGAAUUGUUUGACAAAGGGGAUAUUACUUAAAAAAUGUUGAGAUAAACUUCAUUUUAAGUUCUACAAAAAUAUUUAUCAAGUGGAUGUAUUAUUUUUAAAGAAAUUCCCAGCUAAGGACUUUUUCAUUAAAUAAUCUUAUUAGAGGGUAUAUGAUUUCUACAACUUGUUUUUGUUAAUAUGUACUUUGAUGUAAAGAACAUAUUUUAUAUGCAAAACAUAAAACUUGAGUAUGGUUGCAAAACACUAUAUUGUUUAGGGAUUCCAGAAAGCAGUUGGAUGCUAAAAUAACCAGAUCUAGUCUGUAGUUCUUAUUGUGAAUGAAGCUUUGCUUUUGUAAUACAUGAAUAAAAAAAUAACACUUUU